AUGGAUUUCAUUCUGUCUUUGACGCACUUCUGCGAGGUACAUGGUCCUACCUCGAUCAUCUGCUCGCAGGUCCUUCCCUUCUCGUGUUCGCAAUGCUACCCCGAGACCACCAUUUCCUCGCCUGAGGAUACCCCUGCGACAUCCCACGACACCGUCUCCUCCCACAGCUUCCGUAGCCAUGCCAGCGGCAAACGCUCUUUGUCCUCGAAAUCGGUUGCGAAGUCCGGUGAAGGCUCCGAGAAGCCUACCAAAAUCGAAGACUAUCCAUGUUUUGUGAAAGGACAGUCCAAUGCGACUGAGACUCAGAAACUGAAUGUGUUGGGAGGCGCGGACGGUGACACUUGCGCAAGCUGUAGCUUGACCCUUCCAGAGGACGUGAGCAAACAGCUACCCCCCGGCGCCCCGGGAACUGCCCGCGGCGACGGGAAAGGCAGAAAUGGCAGCCCCGUUUUGCGAUCCAGAGAGGUCGUUUACUCUUGCGGUACAAACCAUUCCGAGCCAGACGACACAGCGCAUGACACUCACGUUCACGGCUCCCUUCCCGAUUCUUUACACUCUUCAUCCGUUGCCUCUGACGUCUCCUGCCACACACACAUCCUUACUUACCUCUCUCUCAGGGGACCUCCAAACCCCGCAGACUACGCCCUUCUCCGUCGGUCCUCUAUCAGGACGCUCAGCUGCGAGCUUCUGCCUCGCGGACUUUCUUCCGGGCCAUUGUGCUUCGGCGACUCUAACGCGGGUUACACCAUCGCCUACAUUUUUCGACUUCCCGAUCCCAUGGCACGCGGCAAACGACGCAGCUAUGCGCUCGUGGCCUUGGCUGGCAAGGAUUCGCGGAGAGCGUUCCGUGCCUGUCCCAUAAUCUUCCGCGCGUUUGAUCGGCUUGCAACCUCAAUUUACAACGCGGCCGAGAAAUUCCAAGAGGAGGAGAAGCGUCGCGAUGAAGAGAAUAAUGUGGCCAGCCGACCAAGAAACCGCCAAUAUACCCCGGUGUCCUCAUUCCUCACCGGACGAGCCAUGGACCCCGAUGGGCAAGUUCGUCGCCCCGGUCCAGUCAGAGCGAGGAAUUUGACAGAGAUCGUGGGAAAUCAGUAUCUAUUCGCGGAGAUCCAUGGAAGUUUUGUGGCACUGCUACAGCAGCUCGGUUCUAUGUUCGGGGCGGCGCCCGUUUCUGAGGAACGCUUCAUCUGCAGCACCGUCAACGAGGAUGGAGAGGCAAAUCCUCGCCGAUCUGUGUCUCUGGCGAGCCCGAACGAGAAGGAGAAACGUCGCGCUUCGCAGAAACUCGAAGGCAGUGACCUCGGUAUGUCAAAUCUUGAUCUGUCUUCGGGACCAAGACCCAUUCCCAUUGCACCUCGGCGCUCUGUCAUUGCAUAG